AUGAAUUUACUAACCUUCAGUCUCUUCCAUUGGAUCUCAUUAACAUGGAUAGUGUACACGUGCAUUUCAAAGUGUUGCGUUGUGGGAAAACCGGUCGGACCGUCUGCUCAGCCGCGAGAAAAAAGGGGUGCAAGCAUUGAUCCCUGUAGACACAAGUUUGCGCUCAUAUCGGGUGCUGGUGUUCUGGAUACGAAUCGCAGUGGCGACACUACAGUCGUCAAAGUCGUUUCGUCUGGUCUGAGAAAGGAAGUGGUGACGGCAAACGCGUCGAGGUCUCUAAUUUCCUUAGAAAAUCUUUUUCGACAAAGCAAUACGCCAAACAAGUCUAAACAUGUAUAUCACUAUCAAACAUACUCGGGCCACUACCUAACAGUCGAUACAGAUGGAAAUCUCACAACAACGGCAUCGGUUGGCGACUCGGCCACAAUCUUACAGCACAGAGUUGAAGGUUUACCAAACGAUUACACAAUAUUAUUAUGCGCUUGGUCCGAAAAUCAGACACAAAGUUAUCUUCUCUAUAUUGACGGUUCCAUACGCACAAAGAAACUUCAUAUAGCAACGGCUUGUCAGACGUCGUCAAACUUUGUGAAAGCUCUGAGUAACGACGACAUUCUAAAGAGCGUCGACCUCGUUCAAAACGAAAUCUACCAUUUCUAUAGGGUUUUCGUCACGUUUCACGAUAACGUCAGUAGCGACUAUUCCUGUCGUUAUUUGAGUCAAGAGCUGAAGACGGUAUGUUGUGUUGACAGUUGUCCGAGCGAUUAGAUACAAAGAGUCAUAUCAACAGGACAUCAUGUGUAUACAUAGAUGGUAUACAGUCUUUCCAAAUUUUAAAUUUUUUGAAAUAUUUGUUUUACUUUUUAAGGAUGUUUUGAUAGUGGAUUGUUAACUUGCAUGUUUUUCUUAUAUUUAUAGUGCUGUAGAGUAAUUGCAAUGGAGUUUGUAUAGUUUGUGUGAGUGUGUUGUAAAGUGGCAUGCACACUUGCUGUUAUUCUGGA